AUGUUGUCUGCAAGAGCGGUAGCAAGAAGAAAUUUUGCUAGUUUCUCAAAGAUUCCAAAGGUAUCAAGAGAUUUACAAUCAAGAGUUCCUCCAUAUGCAAAAUUAUUAACUAAUUUAGAAAAAGUUCAUAAAAUUACUAAUAAUGAACCAUUAACUUUAGCUGAAAAGAUUCUUUAUUCACAUUUAACUAACCCUGAAGAAUCUUUUGGUGGUUCAUCAGGUGUUUCAGCUUUUAGAGAUAUUCGUGGUAAAGAAUAUUUAAAACUUUCCCCCGAUAGAGUCGCUAUGCAGGAUGCUUCUGCUCAAAUGGCUAUGUUACAAUUCAUGACUACUGGUUUACCUGAUACAAGUGUUCCAACUUCAAUUCAUUGUGAUCAUUUAGUCGUUGGUAAAAAUGGUGAAGAAUAUGAUUUACCAAAAUCUAAAGAUGCAAAUAAGGAAGUCUUUGAUUUCUUAGAAUCAUGUUCACAAAGAUAUGGGAUUACAUUUUGGGGUCCAGGUUCAGGUAUUAUUCAUCAAAUCGUACUUGAAAAUUAUAGUGCUCCAGGUUUAAUGAUGUUGGGUACGGAUUCUCAUACUCCAAAUGCUGGUGGUUUAGGUGCCAUUGCAAUUGGUGUUGGUGGUGCAGAUGCUGUUGAUGCAAUGACUGCAACACCAUGGGAAUUAAAAGCACCAAAAGUAAUGGGUAUUAAAUUGACUGGGAAAUUAAGUGGUUGGUCUGCUCCAAAGGAUAUCAUCACCACUAUAGCUGGGAAACUAACUGUACGUGGUGGUACUGGUUAUAUUCUUGAAUAUUUCGGUGAAGGUGUUGAUUCUUUAUCAUGUACUGGUAUGGCUACUAUUUGUAAUAUGGGUGCUGAAGUUGGUGCCACUACAUCUUUGUUCCCAUAUAAUGAUGCUCAUAGACGUUAUUUAGCUGCUACUGGUAGAAAGCAAAUCGCUAAUGCUGCAGAUGUUGCAUUAAAUGAAUAUAAUUUCUUAAGAAGUGAUAAAUAUGCACAAUAUGAUGAUGUCUUAGAGAUUAAUUUAUCAGAAUUAGAACCAACAGUUAAUGGUCCAUUUACUCCAGAUUUAUCUACAAAGAUUUCAGAAUAUGCUGAAACUUCAUUAAAGGAAAAUUGGCCACAGAAUAUUUCUGUCGGGUUAAUUGGUUCUUGUACGAAUUCUUCAUAUCAAGAUAUGAGUCGUGUUGUAGAUUUAGUGAAUCAAGCAGCUAAGGCUGGCUUGAAACCAAAGAUUCCAUUCUUUGUUACUCCAGGUUCUGAACAAAUUAGAGCUACUUUAGAAAGAGAUGGUAUCAUGAAAACUUUCACAGAUAAUGGUGCUAUUGUCCUUGGUAAUGCAUGUGGACCAUGUAUUGGACAAUGGGAUAGAGAUGAUGUUCCAAAGGACACUAAACAAACAAACUCAAUCUUUACAUCUUUCAAUAGAAACUUUAGAGCUAGAAAUGAUGGUAACAGAAAUACUAUGAAUUUCUUAACUUCUCCAGAAAUUGUUACCGCUAUGAUUUAUUCUGGUGAUGCGCAAUUUAAUCCAUUAAAGGAUUCAAUUACUACUCCAGAAGGGAAAAAAUUCACUUUCAAAGCUCCAAAGGGUGAAGAGUUACCUCAAAAUGGAUUUGAACACGGUAGAGAUGUCUUCUACCCUGAGGCUGAUCCAAAAGCAAAUGCACAAGUCGAAGUUAAAGUUAGUCCAGAUUCAGAUCGUUUGCAAUUACUAGAACCAUUCAAACCAUGGAAUGGUAAGGAAUUAAAGACCACUGUCUUACUAAAGGUUAAGGGUAAAUGUACCACUGAUCAUAUCUCUGCAGCUGGUGUUUGGUUAAAGUACAAGGGUCAUCUAGAAAACAUUUCUUACAACACUUUAAUUGGUGCUCAAAAUUAUGAAACUGACGAAGUCAACAAGGUUUACGAUUUAGAUGGUAAGGGUUAUGAUAUUCCAGGUUUGAUGAUGAAAUGGAAGGAUGAACACAGACCAUGGAUUGUAUUGGCUGAACAUAACUACGGUGAAGGUUCCGCAAGAGAACAUGCCGCUUUAUCACCAAGAUAUCUAGGUGGUGAAAUUAUAUUAGUUAAGUCCUUUGCAAGAAUUCACGAAACUAACUUGAAGAAACAAGGUAUGUUACCUUUAACUUUCGCUGACGAAGCCGACUUCGAUAAAAUCGCAUCCGGUGAUGUCCUAGAGACUGUUAACUUGGCUGACAUGGUUGCUAAGAAUGGUGACAACGGUGGUGAAUUGGAUGUAAAGGUCACCAAGCGUAAUGGUGAAACUUUCAUUAUCAAGGCUAAACACACAAUGUCAAAGGAUCAAAUCAAUUUCUUCAAGGCAGGUUCAGCUAUCAACUACAUUGGUGAACAACGUAGAAACGCAUAA